UAAGCGUGGGAUAGGCAGUGUGGCAAUUCCGGAGCACCUCAUUUGUACUUUAGCGUUUCAAUUUUCUCUCUCUUCUCUACUCUUUCAUAAUUCAUUCGAUCUUCACGGCCUCGCUUCUUUUCGAUCUCUUCUUCCACCAAAUUAGGGUUUACAGAACUUGACCUAGAUUUCCCAAUCCCUAAUUCCAGAUCUCUUCCUUCAUGUUUUGGAAACUCGCUUCUCUCUCUGCUUCCUCCCCCGUGGAGGCUAUAUUAGACAAGGAUAAUUUCACUUUAGAAGAGCUUCUAGAUGAAGAGGAAGUAAUCCAAGAAUGCAAGGCCUUAAACAGUCGUCUUAUCAACUUUUUGAGAGAUCCAGCCCAGGUUGAGCAAUUGUUGCGCUACAUUAUCGAAGAACCACCACAGGAUGCUGAAAGUAAACGGACCUUCAAGUUUCCGUUCAUUGCCUGUGAGAUUUUUACAUGUGAAAUUGAUGUCAUCUUGAAGACUUUGGUAGAUGAAGAAGAGCUGAUGAACUUGUUAUUCUCCUUUUUGGAGCCUAAUCGUUCCCAUAGUGCCUUGUUGGCUGGCUACUUUAGCAAGGUUGUUGUUUGCCUAAUGAUUCGAAAGACGGUGUCACUUAUGAAUUAUGUUCAGGCCCAUCAGAAUGUUUUUCGCCAAUUGGUUGAUUUGAUUGGAAUCACAUCCAUUAUGGAGGUUUUGGUACGAUUAGUAGGCGCUGAUGACCACGUGUAUCCCAAUUUUAUGGAUGUGAUGCAAUGGUUGGCUGAGAGCAACCUGCUUGAGAUGAUUGUUGAUAAAUUAAGUCCAUCUUGUCCUGCUGAAGUUAAUGCCAAUGCAGCUGAAACAUUAUGCACAAUAACACGAAAUGCCUCAUCUACUCUAGCAAUUAAACUCUCAAGCCCAAGUUCCGUCUUAAAAAUUUUGGGCUAUGCAUUGGAAGAUUCGCAAUCAAAGUCUAGCCUUGUGAACUCUCUUUCAGUGUGUAUUUCUUUGUUGGAUCCGAAAAGAUCUUCUGUAUCUUCGCCCCUUUUUCAUUCAUUCCGAACCCAACACAUGUACGAGCCACAUAUUCCUGUAAAUCCAGAGACAAUUGGUGCAAUGCUCCCUAAACUCAGUGAGUUGCUAAUGCUUUUGAAUGUGUCAUCCGAUGAGAAAGUAUUGCCUACAACAUAUGGAGAAUUGAGACCUCCGCUUGGGAAGCAUAGAUUAAAGAUUGUUGAGUUCAUGGCAGUCCUCUUAAAAACCGGAAAUGAAGCUGCAGAAAAGGAAAUGGUCAACUCAGGAACCAUUCAACGAGUUAUUGAUCUUUUUUUCGAGUAUCCAUAUAAUAAUUCACUACACCAUCAUGUAGAAAGUAUUGUAUUAUCAUGUUUGGAGAGUAAAACUGUGUCCGUUGUUGAUCAUCUUCUGCGAGAUUGUGAUUUAAUUGGAAGGGUUAUCCAAGCAGAUAAACAAUCUGUUCUCUCUUCCGACAGAAAUCUGCCAACUGUACCUGCUGCUGGAAAACAGGCACCACGGGCAGGAAACAUUGGCCAUAUUACACGAAUUGUUAACAAAAUUAUUCACUUGGCACACAGCCGAAGCCACGUACUGACAUGUCUUCAGGAAAAUAGUGAGUGGAGUGAAUGGCAAGCUACCGUGCUUCAGGACCGUAAUGUGGUUGAGAAUGUUAACCGUUGGGCGUGUGGACGCCCGACUGCUUUACAAGAUAGGAUGAGGGAUAGUGAUGAUGACGACAUUCAUGACAGAGACUAUGAUGUUGCAGCUUUAGCCAAUAAUUUGAGUCAGGCCUUCAGAUAUAAAAUUUAUGGGAAUGAGGAUAAUGAAGAGGAACGUGGCAACCAUGAUCGAGAUGACGAGGAUGUCUACUUUGAUGACGACUCUGCUCAAGUAGUCAUAUCGUCCCUAAGACUCGGUGAUGAUCAGGGGAGUAGUCUGUUUACGAACUCCAACUGGUUUGCAUUCCAAGACGACAGAAUGGGUGAUGCAAAUGGAGGCACAACAUCAUCUGAGAUGAUGGAUGAGAUAAACUUGAACGGUGCUGCUAAUGGUGGUAACAACAGUGACGAUGAGGUAGUGGUUGGAGAGGAUGAAGAAUUGGAUGAAAGCAAAAAUACUAUGAAUGACACAUCUAGCUCUAGCACAAACUUCUUCAGUGGAUUACCAGGUAGCAAUUCCGGGAAUGGAGGCGCUUUGAACUUUGAAAGUGAAAAUGCAAGUGCUGCUAAUGAUAUGGGUUUCUUCAGAUUUGAGGCAUCAGACAAGGAAGAGAGUUUUGGUGAUAGGCCUUUGCCUGAUUGGGUGGGAUGGGGAGAACCUUCAGAUAUGCAAGUUACUGGUGCAAGCAUGAAUCCCUUUGUGGAUCAUGAUGAGUCUUGUGGCAACCUUUCUACUAAGCCUCAAAUAGGUAGCCCUAAUUCCAGUUCUCCAAAAGCAGAAUCUGUUUUAUCUAAUGGUUCGCCAACUAGUAAAGAUUUGAUUGACGGGGUUGGUGACUCAACUCAAAGAUCAGCAGCUGUACCAUCACUAUUUGAGGAAGAUGUUGAAUUUGUAGGCGUAGAGUUAGAAGGUACUGAGAAAGCUAUGGAACAGGCUCUGAAAGAGGGGAUAGUUGGGGAAGCAGGACCGUUGAAAAGAAACGUGUCCCCUAAAGCGGCAGAAAAGGAAAAUGCCGAAGACAGCAACCCAGGGAUGAAGGAAUUCAACGAUGCGAAUUACUGGAGGGUUGACCAAGAGGUUGCUGCUCUGGAGUGAUGAGCAUAAUGAUGGUAAAUCAUGCUUUAUUGCUGUAAGAAAAGUUGGACAUCAACAACACCAAUGGACCUGAUUCUUGGUUUGCAGGGGCGCGUAUGCAGCAAACUAAUGUACAGUAUAAUUUUGUUUCAAUUAUGUCCUAUUUCUUUUCACGCUUACUAGAUAUUGACUUGUUUAUUAUUCUAAGUUUUGCUUUUAUCCUGUAAGUGAGUGAUUUAAUUUUAUGGGGGUCUCCCACAUUUAUGGAAUUCGCUCUGCUCUUUGUUUUUGGCUCAUUUCCACGUCGAUGCUAAUAAGCACUCGUGUAUUUGGCUGGUCCUAAAUGUUCGGUGGAGCGGAGGGUUUAUUUCUACCUUCUCUGUGACUUGGUACGUUUUGUAUGGUUAAACUGAAAUUCAUAACAUUGGUAAAAGAUACAAUGCGUCCGAAACAAUUCACCAACAUUAUUUAAAAUUUUCUUUUGAUGUAA